GCUUCAAACUAUGCCUCCUUGUGUCGGAGUCAAACUCAUGCAGGUCUGCUUACAGAUUUUCGAAGGCAUUCCUAGUUCCGGGCAUGGAUGAACUCCAUCUUGUCACAGUCAUCAUGUCGGAGUCAGGAAGGGCAAGCGCUUUGGCACGUCAGCGGGAGGUUCUGGAGGCUGAGGUGAUGGAUUGCGCCCGUUAUCACGCGGUGGUCAAGGAAGAGGAGUAUACACUGCCUGAGAGCCUGGGUCGCUACAUUGCCACCUCCAUACGACCCCACAUUAUCUUUAUGGGAUCCACAAACUUAUGUGAGUCAUCAUGUGUUAUACGCAACUCACAGUGUUACAUAAAAUUUCACAUAUAA